AGAUCAACAACAGAAAAGUGAUGGCUCAGAUGGCGAGAUCCAUGAUAGAAGUGGAGAUCAAAGUGUCAGCUGAUAAGAUUUUCCAAGCUAUCAAGGCAACUUCGCGCAGCGUACCAAAACUGUCUCCAGAGAAAAUACUUAGCGUGGAGGAACAAGUUGGUGAUGACUGUAAAGGCACCAAGAAUUGGACUUUGUCUGUGGAUGGAAAAGUAGAGAAGAUGAAGGAAAGAGUAGAGAUAGAUGAAGCGAACAAAUCAAUGACUGUGUUUGUGUUCGAAGGAGAUGUGAUGGAGAAUUACAGUAGCUUCAAAUGUAAUCUUCAGAUCAUACCAAAGCUCAAUGGAAGAAGUAUAGCGAGAUGGAGUUGGGAAUACGAGAAGCUUAGCUCAGAUUCUCCAGCUCCGAACAAAUACAUGGAUUUUGCAGUCUACCUCACUAAAGAUAUCGAAUCUAAUCUUCUCAAAACAUAAGAGAUUUAAGUACAAAGCCUUUAUGUAUUUCUUUGUUUCAUAUUCGAACGGUUACUUAUCUUAAAGCCAUGUACGAAAACAUCGGAAGUGUGUUUUGUCGUUACAAUGAUGGGCUUAUCGUAUGCAAAUCUCAAUCUGUACGAUGGAUUUCGAUUCUGUGUAAUGGGCUUUCAUUUAGCAAAAAAAAUGUUUUUUCUUGUUU